AUGCGAGAAGAUUCAAGGAUUUGGAAUCAGAAGCCACAUGUUCAAAGCGGUUCCAACCACUUCGAUCGGAUAACUACAACUGAGGCCAACGGAUCUGGAGCAGGAGAAACUGGGAAAUGCCGUGAACGUCCAUCUACCACUUCAUAUAAAAAGACCAUCAAUCCAAUCACGUACCCAAACGUUUUACUCCAGUCUGCCCUCCAAAGACCGGUUAUUUCAAGCCUACGUCCUGGUACAGCUGGUCGAAGUAGACCUCUGGGGACUUUACGGAUAUUUUACUUGUCAAAACCCCUAUCAUAUAAUGAGCCACAAAAUAUUCAUUACCGUUCAAAUGAAGAUCGACAAUGGGUAAUGGAUGCUAAUGAUCCGGAAAAUAUAGAUACAUAUAUCUCAUCAACGACUGAAGAUAUUCCACUGUCCACGCAAACAACGCCACGAACGAAAAGUGCAAAACCGAUCACCACAAUAACGAACGCCUGCCACAACAGUUCGGAGGAUGAAGAGCCGACUAUAUUUGAGGAUCUCAGCUUGCUCAAUCCGAAUAAAACCAAGAACACUGUGAACAACUGUACCUUUCGUACGACACAAGAAAGACGAUCUGGUGGUUUACCCCCUUCCGGAAGUCGCGCACCUCGUCGUGUGGCCUCUGCAACAGUUAGACAAAAGCCCAAACUGGCAACUUCUCGUAAGUCUUCGUAUUCACAAGCGUACCGUUCCUCACCGUGGAGUCAAUAUCGCAUGCACACCGAAUGUGAGGAACCAAGGGAUCGGACACAGGGCUCAACACCUAACGGCAAUGGUCACUGUUCUUCAAUCAGCGAACUGCUGCAGUUAUUGAGACCACCUACUAAUGGAAAUUCACCCAGUCCGGGUUCACGUGUACGAAGUUCCGCAAGUAAUAGCACCAAUAUUAGCAGUGUGCCAUGUCUUUCGGUCUCCCCGGUCACAUUUCAGUUAGCUAAAACUCCCCGCAUGCUUAUCCCCAGACGAAACAGUAAGCAACCGAUGACGGAGUACCAAGGGUUUCAGAAGUCUAUGACCAUAAGCCGGGAAUACUCUUUUGUUUUGGAUCAAGGAUCGCGCGUUGUUGACGAAGCUGCACGCCCCAAAACCGCCUCGGCACACAUGGAUUGUCAGAAACAUUUGGAAAAUUUGAACGAGGCUGAGAAUAAAACGGAUCAAACUGAAUCAACCAUUAAACAAAUAAGAGAAUCGAUUGCCACAAAAACACCCGCACCAUCGGAAAUGAGCUUCGCACAGAGAACGCUAUCUGAAGAAUUUUGGGAAGAAAAACUCUCACAAGACGUAAAGGAAGACCCCGGGUCGAAAGAAAAUGAGUUACUGGACCCCGCACCACCAGAGAUUGAGGUGAAAAUAGGUGAUUAUCUCGUCUCAUCGCACAUAGAUCCAGUUCACAUCGAACUUAAAGAUACCACACUUGUUGCUUGUCCCCCAAAAAUUAUUUUUGAAGAGAAUGCAGAAAACGUUUCGAUGAAAAACGACAUUUUUAUUGAAAACGCAUCGGCAGUGAUCAAUCUGACUUUGCCUUCUCAAGAGAUGAUAACUCACAAAGAGCAUAAAAUUGAAUCUAAUAUUUUGUCUUUAGGUGAGUUUGAACCAACGGUAUCAGUGACUUCAAAGCCAGCGGAACGUUCAUUCUCUGACGUAUGUCUGAUUUCAGAUGAAGUACACUCUUCAAAAACCAGAGAGAAUACAAUUCUUUCUCAAAACUGGGUGACGGAUACAGAAAAUCAGGUUUUAAGGAAUCGUGAGGAACAUACCAUUGAGAAGGUUCGGUCAGAAAAUUCCCAACCAAUUUUGUCAAUUCAACCACUGCAGUUAUCAAACACAACGCCCAAUUUGUCACCAGACACAUCAUUCAUUGCACAGAAGAGCAGCGAUUUGAAUGUGAAGUUAACCCUGUUGAAUAAGAAAGCUUCGGCUUUAGAGCAACAGUUGAAUCAAUCGAAAACAGAAAAACUAAAUCGGCAGAGCGAAGAAGUACACACAGGGACAAGGGAUUCCGCGGACUGUUCAGUUGAAAGAGAGGAUAUAAUCCCACCAACAGAGAAAGCUUCUCUAACUAUUGAUAUUCAGCUUCAACACGCUAACUUUUCCGACGAAAAAUCACACAACACCUCUGCAGAAAAUUGUGAUAUCGCAUUACGGGAUGCUAAAGAAGACAAUAUAACUUAUGAGCCGUUUCCACCACACACCGAAUCUGAACUGGGUGCAUCAAAUGAACAGAAUCUAGGGGGCACAGACAACUUGGAAUUUAGUGUCGAACCGCUCUGUGCAAGCCUAGCCACAAAUGUCACUGUGCCAGACAAGAAUACUUUGCAGGAGCUUCCGAAAAAGGAGAAAAGAAUUACAAGGUCAACCUUUACUCCCUGUUCUGUACACAAAACUCCAUUGAUCAGCUCAAUAAUUCCUCCAAAGGUAAUGCCUUCCAUUACACAAUCCAAUAUUACUGCCCAGUUACUGUGUACAGAGACACUUACAGAACUCUGUAAAGAUGAGCAGCCCAAAGAACUAGCUGACAUGAAUUCCGCAGAAGAGUCAAGAAAUUCUGCAACAUAUCCACUAAAGUCUAUUCUCAAAAGGUCAUGCUUGUCGGGACGGUCUUCUUCUAACGAUAUAAAUGCCGGUUUGGAAGUUGUUCCAUCGUUCAGUCGCUCCAGUUUCAACCGAUGGACUAUUUACACUGGACAACAAAGCACAUCCAUCGGCCGAAAUAUCACGAGACGUCCACAGUCCGCUCAGACAGGCCAUCGAAACUCCUUAUUUGGUGAAAUUAAUACACGUCAUGGGGGGACAACUGGCUCUUACUCAAAAAGUCCUCGUUCUUCGGGGGCCACUCGACGUUCUAUUGUGCGUUUCGACAUAAAAAACAACUCCAUUUUUGAAUUUCAUCCCUUUGACAUUGUUCAAACAUCGUUUUCCACCAACGAUUGA